GGUACUAACUCACGAUGGCAGGUCUAACAAAAACUUGCGGUAAGAAACAUGGCAGAAACCAGUGAAUUUUGGCGGGAUAUCGCAUGUAAUUGGUGAUGGCAAUCGAGAGGUACUUUUUUUGCCCCGUACCCUAUCUCUGUGCUAUUGGAUUGGCUUUUCUCGUGAUAUGGUGAUUUGAAGUUCAGGUAUGCGGAUGGCCGAUGACAUGUGGUACACUUGGUUGUUUGCCCAUUGGCAAACUGUAAGUUGGCAGCUGUGUACAUGUAAUUUACAUGCAUGUCAACAGCAAUGUGUGAAUGCGGAAGUGCGACCCGUCUGUCAAACAGUCAUGACAGUACAUGUAUGUAACUGAUGAAGCAAGCUUUCGGGGCCAAUAUUUUCCAGCCAUGGACUCCCAAGUCGGGGCAUUAGCUGGCAACAUUUGCAAUAACCCAUCGCGUUUACUGCAGCCAGUUCAGGGCCCAGGGAGCAGCAGUGAUUUUGGGGAAGUCCGUCCUAACUCGUCGUCUGAAGUCAGUGACCAAUCGCCAAGCAUGGGUGUUGCUGCAGAGCCGUUGCCAUAUACGACAGUCACUGGGUCCCGAGGACAACAGAAUGCUGGUCAGAAAGUAAACAACAGUCAUGACAGUGUCCAAGCUAAGACGGACUCGAGAACCUUCUUGACCGGUGGGCAUCGCUACCAAGAUGAACUAAACCAGGUGCCUAGGGUGUCAAACAGCCAAGACAUUGUAACAAGGAUGGAAGACGUGUCCCUUGACUCUUCUACAACAGCGAUAAAUCUUGUGACUAGUGCAUCUACAGACACAACGACAAACAAAUCUCAUGAUGAGGGUACAUUGUCAAACAAUCCUGUACAGAGAACGGACACUUUAUGCAAUAGAACUUCAUGUAGUGGCAUAGACAGUUCAGCCAUUAAAGAAGACAGCAGCCACACAGCUGUCGGUAGUUCUCGUGAUGGAGGAAGGAGCGAUCUUGCCACAGCAACUCCACAAGAUGCAAUAAGAUUAGAAGCGGACUUAACGAGACAGCAUGGUGAACGGACACCAGGGGAUGGAGAGGAAAAUCCCUCACACUCGGGCACUGGCCAACUGCCUAACUGUGGCACGACCAGUAUCGUGUCGGUCCAGUCCGAAGAAUCAUCUUUGGAUCAGCCAGCGGUGCUAGAUAUCACCAGCAGCAACGAGCUCAUUCUGAGUGACAUUGAGCUCUCUGGGGAGAAUCCCACUUCCCCAGCGACUAUUGACGUUAUCGACCUAGGUUCCCAGGUGCCCGGCAGCUCCAAGCUGAGGAGGCCCAAAUCCCUCGAAGGCUGCCUAGAUCUGGACACCAAAGCCCCACAGUGGGUCACCACCCCUAACAAGUCCCAGUCCCUCAGAACCACUCCCUCGACGAGCACCCCCCGGUUCCUGGAAGAGCUGGGCGCGACGGGAAACGCUGUCAUUGAGCUGCAGGAGCCGUUCUUUGAGCCCUCGCAGGAUGGCCACUCAGAUUCCCAACAUCCCUGCCUCUCCGGCAUCUUGCAGCACGAACUGCAGUCCAGGGCAUCCUUCACGAGCGUCUCCAGUCUGAGCACAGAAUACUCGUCCUCCCUGGCGACGGACGAUCUCAACGAGAAUAGGGACAAUCUUGAACCGGGCUUCGUGGAGGUCAACUUGCAUAGCCAGCUGAGCGGAGGAGACCACUGGGCCUACGCCAGCCAGGGAGCUAAGCCCAAAAAACGAGGCCUGGCUGGGUUUUUGGCAAGAAAUCUUUUUCCCUGGAAGUCAUCAUCCACCAAGUCUGCGACAACUGACCAAACGGACAGCCCGCCAUCCACCUCCGGAUGGAAGCUGUUCAAUCGGAGUCCCGCCAAGCAGGCCGCCGCCCAGCAACAGCAGCAGCAGCACCCAGCCAGCGCCUACAACGACAGCUACCCACCCAAGGGCAAGACGCACCCACCCACGCUGUCGCUGACUUGGAAGAAGAAGCAGGCGGGGAUGCGGCCAGCCACCUCUACCACAGCCCUAAUCCUGGAGAACCGACCUCAGAAUCUGCCCGCCAAGAGUCCAGAUGAAGAACUGAAGCACAAAGAGCAAUACGAGAAGAUGGUCAAAGGAGCCAAACAGAAAGAGAUCAAGGUGUACAAGCAGCAAAUGAAGAAGCUGGCCAAGCAGCUGAAGUACGAAGAAGGAAUCAAGACCCUCCUCCACGUUUGGCAAACCGACCUUCUGAAGAACUGGGACCAAGCCAAAACCAGCAAGAAGACACGGGAGAUGUGGUGGCAAGGCAUCCCACCCAGCAUCCGCGGCCGUGUCUGGAUGCUGGCUAUUGGCAACGAGCUCAACAUCACCCCUGAGCUGUUUGAGAUCUUCUUGGCCCGAGCCAAGGACCGGAUCAAGGUCUUCAGUGAACCAGACACUGAGGACUCAGAAGAAGUUCACGAGGCAAGCAGAGAAGACAGCGUUGAUGUGAUAAGACUAGAUGUUUCCCGGACAUUCCCACAUCUAUGUAUAUUUCAGAAGGGGGGACCUUAUUUUGACCGCCUUCAUAGCGUGUUAGGUGCAUAUGCGUGCUACAGACCGGAUAUUGGCUACGUUCAAGGCAUGUCCUUCAUCGCAGCAGUAUUUCUCCUCUACCUGGAGCCAGCCGAUGCGUUCUGCUGUUUCGCCAAUGUUCUGAACAAGUCGUGCCAACUUGCCUUCUUCCGGCUGGACCAGCCUGUGAUGCAGUCUUAUUUUGAUACCUACGAGGAAUACUUUGAAGACAAUCUUCCCGAUUUGUACAACCAUUUCAAGAGUCAGUGCCUUACCCCAGACCUGUACAUCAUAGACUGGAUGUACACGCUGUACACCAAGUCGCUACCACUUGACGUCGCCUGCCGAUUCCUGGACAUCUUCUUCCGGGAUGGCGAAGAGUUCAUGUUCCGCACGGCGCUAGGCAUCCUGCAUCUGUACGAGGAGAUCCUCAUCUCGCUGGAGUUCAUUCAGCUGGCCCAGUUCCUAACCAAGCUCCCCGAGGACAUCCGCUGCGAGGACCUCUUCAAGAGCAUCGAGGCCAUCGACAUGCACCAAAAGAAGUUCAGCCAGGUGCUGGCCACCCACAUGGCCACCAACAGCCACAGUUAAGUCGAAGGGGGACAUAGGUUGGCUUUUAACUUAACACCCCUCCCCCCAAAAAAAAGAAGUGGGGAGAUGUUGUGGCUUGCUGCCGUGAUGGUCUUCCAGUGGCCUGCAGGACUGGCCAAAUCCACAACCAGUCUAAGAUGUGUCAGCUGCCUGUUGGAGCGUCAAAAUCCUGGCAACUUGCAUGUGCUUAGCUUUAAUUUUCACAUUCUUCUCCUAUUCCCCUAGCUUGUCAUAACUGUAAUAAUACUAGCACAGAAUGGAAUGACACAUUGGAAGUCAGAAAAAAACACUCAUUAACCCUAACACUCCUCAAUCCUUCACCUGUUGGAGGACUGAGGAGUGUUAGGGUUAAUGUUCAUUCUUGCUGGUCCUCGUCGUAAACGUUAAGCACAUAUAGUAAUGUGCUGGUUACACCUACCAGAUUCUGGCGAUUGAGAAUAGUGCAUCUCCAAGAGUUUGCAACGCAUUGACCAAUCCCAGUGUGCGAAAUUUGUCGACCCUUUCCAAACGCACAUAUUUUG